CAUUCAGGUGCCGUACGAAACGCUGAACAAACGUUUCCGAGCUGCCCAGAAGAACAUUGACCGGGAGACGAGCCACGUCACGAUGGUGGUUGCAGAGCUGGAGAAGACGCUGAGCAGCUGUCCCGCUGUGGAUUCAGUUGUUAGUCUCCUCGAUGGAGUAGUAGAAAAACUCAGUGUCCUGAAAAGAAAGGCGGUUGAAUCGAUCCAGGCUGAAGAUGAGAGUGCAAAGCUCUGCAAACGUAGGAUUGAACACUUGAAAGAGCACAGUAGUGACCAGCCAGCUGCUGCAAACAUGUGGAAGAAGAAACGCAUGGAUCGGAUGAUGGUGGAGCAUCUCCUGCGCUGUGGCUACUACAACACGGCUGUGAAACUAGCCAGACAAAGUGGUAUUGAGGACCUGGUAAACAUUGAAAUGUUUCUGACUGCUAAAGAAGUGGAAGAAUCACUGGAAAGGCAAGAGACUAUGACUUGCUUGGCUUGGUGUCAUGAUAACAAAUCCAGGCUCAGGAAAAUGAAGGGGCACCAAAAUGAGAAUGAACCGAAGAUGGGACGCAAAAGUAAAUCGGCCAGUGAUUACUCUAAAGAAAAUGAUGAUCUUGUUAUGGAAACCAUUAAAGGAAAACCAGAAUUGAGCUGUCUGGAGUUCAGCCUAAGGAUUCAGGAGUUCAUUGAACUCAUUCGACAGAACAAGAGACUGGAUGCUGUGAGACAUGCAAGAAAGCAUUUCAGUCAGGCUGAGGGAAGCCAGCUGGAUGAAGUUCGACAAGUGAUGGGAAUGUUGGCUUUUCCUUCGGAUACUCAUAUCUCCCCCUAUAAGGAUCUCUUGGACCCUGCUCGAUGGAGAAUGCUGAUCCAACAGUUUAGAUAUGAUAACUACAGACUACAUCAGCUGGGAAACAAUUCUGUUUUUACUAUAACCCUCCAGGCAGGCCUUUCAGCUAUAAAAACACCACAGUGUUAUAAAGAGGAUGGGAGUUCAAAAAACCCAGACUGCCCUGUGUGUAGCAAAUCCCUGAACAAGCUGGCUCAGCCUCUGCCCAUGGCACAUUGUGCCAACUCCCGACUAGUCUGCAAGAUUUCAGGGGAUGUAAUGAACGAAAAUAAUCCUCCCAUGAUGCUACCAAAUGGAUAUGUCUACGGAUACAAUUCUCUGCUUUCUAUUCGUCAAGAUGACAAAGUAAUUUGCCCAAGAACCAAAGAAGUCUUCAACUUCUCACAAGCUGAGAAAGUCUACAUCAUGUAGGUCCGUAAAACACACCCGCUCAAGUGCCGCUGGAGUUUGAUACAGUCUAUAUUGGCAUACCCUGGAAAGGGGGGGCCUUAAUGUGUGGCAAAGAAGCAAAAAUCUGCCGCCUUGGGCAUCAGACCUGUCGGUGGCAUUAUUGUUUCUUGUGACCAAAGAUCAAUGAGCAACAAUAAACACUCUUUAAGAGAGGAA